GUGUGCACUGGUGGUAGCCAGGCAAGCUAACAGCUGAGCCAGGGCAGUUAGCUUCUGUUGAUUAGCUUUAGCUUAGCUUCUCCUUAGCUGGGCAUCAAAGUGCUGGUUUCUGGGGCGACCGAGAGGCUACGCGGUGGACGUUGCGAACGCGGUCAUAGUGGGGAAAAAAAAGCGAGUGACCUUGACGUUUCGCCUGAUGUUAUCUCACCGGCCGGUCUUAUCCUUUGACUGAUAACGAAUCGGUGGUAUGGACUUGUCGGGGUCCAAGCCGGUAACAAGGUGAUGGUCUAAAGACUCGCGGUCAUAAGGGGUGCUUGCGCCUGGAAUGUUGCGCUGGUCGGUGCACCUAGAAGGAGGGCCACGGAGAGUCAACCAUGCUGCUGUGGCGGUGGGGCACAAGGUUUACUCCUUUGGAGGCUACUGCUCCGGGGAGGACUACGAGACGCUGCGGCAGAUCGACGUGCACGUCUUCAACUCGGUGUCUCUACGCUGGAUGAAGUUGCCUCCAGUGAGGACGGGUGGACACGAACGUGCCCGCGAAGUACCGUACAUGCGCUACGGCCACACAGCCGUGCUGCUGGAUGAUACAAUCUACCUCUGGGGCGGGCGCAACGACACGGAGGGGGCCUGCAAUGUGCUGUACGCCUUCGAUGUUAAUACCCACAGGUGGUUCACACCCAAGAUUUCAGGGACCGUUCCUGGGGCGAGGGACGGCCACUCAGCCUGCGUGCUAGGAAAGACCAUGUACAUAUUUGGAGGAUAUGAGCAGCUGGCUGACUGCUUCUCUAAUGACAUCCACCGGCUGGAUACCACCACCAUGGUCUGGUCAUUGAUUAACGCCAGAGGAAGUCCGGCACGAUGGAGAGACUUCCACUCUGCCACCAUCAUAGGGACAAAAAUGUUUGUGUUUGGAGGGAGGGCCGACCGCUUUGGGCCCUUCCACUCCAACAACGAGAUCUACUGCAACAAGAUCAGAGUGUUCGACACCGAGACCAACUGCUGGCUGAGCACCCCCUCAACGCAGCUAUCGCCAGAGGGACGCAGGAGCCAUUCAGCCUUUUGCUACAAUGGGGAGCUCUACAUAUUUGGAGGCUACAACGCCCGCCUGGACCGACACUUCAACGACCUCUGGAAAUUCAACCCAGAAGCAUUCUCGUGGAAGAAGGUAGAGCCAAAGGGGAAAGGCCCGUGUCCUCGGAGGCGGCAGUGCUGUUGUAUGGUUGGAGAUCGAAUCGUCCUCUUUGGAGGAACCAGCCCCUGCCCAGAGCAAGGAAUGGGCGAUGAAUUCAACCUCAUGGAUCAUUCAGACUUGUACAUCUUAGACUUCAGCCCUAAUUUGAAGACAUUAUGCAAAAUAGCUGUUAUUCAGUACAGUCUGGAGCAGUCAGGACUCCCACAUGAUAUCAGAUGGGAGCUGGCGGCCAUGACCACCAACAGCAACAUCAGCAGACCCAUCUUCUCCUCACAUGGUUGAUGCAGCUGCAGGUGAAACGGAACCAGGACUCUGUUUCAGGAAAGCCGGACUUCUUCUCAUCUUCCUGGCUGUCCAAACUCCGAGGACUCCCCCUCGGAUUUGUUUUCCCACAUUCUUCACAAGAGAACUCGUCACUGACCAAACUGUCCUGGCAUAAGACUUCAGCGGACACCUGGGCCUCGCCCUGCCUGAGGAUAUAUCCUUGACGCUCUGGCCGUGGGAGAUGAUGCUUGUUCAGAUUUCCCUCUUCUUUCUAGCCUUUCUAGGAACCCAAUCAGCCUAUGAUAAUCAUAGACAUGCAAACUUCUAACCUUAAGCACAGGAAUUGACAAAUGUUUCAGCCAAAGGUCUUGAGCACUAACCUCUGUUGAAGAUGUCAGACACGUGGAAGAAACAACCUUCAGCUGCGGACCUGAAGAGACCGGCGCGGUUGUGACUUUGCAUAUCAUGUGGCUCAGUCUAUGAACGAUCUUUCAUUCAGUAAAGGACAAAAAAAAAACAAUAUUCAGGACUACAAUCCAGGAGUGCUUUGCUUACAGAAGGUCUGUUGGGCUGAUGUUUUUUUUAUUUUUUUUCUCUGCUAGGUAGUCGGCUUGUUUCACUACAACAUGAAAGCCUCCCUGCUGCUUUAAAGUGGCUCCUAAAUGAUUUACAAGACAGCUAAAGAAAGCUGUAAAAUAAUCAAGGGCAUCUACCUCCCCUCUAAAGUAUUUCUCAUUGGGUCUCUAACACCUCCUGUAUAUUCGACACCUGCUAGUCCCCAGGAGAAAAAAAAAAAAAAAAAAGCUUUUACAGUGAAGUUGUAAAAAAAAAAAAAAAAAAAAAAAAAGUGCGACCAACCUGCUGCAUAACUUCUCCAGCUCUAGAGGACUUCAGUAUCAAACGCAGACGAGAUCAUCGAGAUACAAAUGUACAGAUAUUCAUCCUGUGUGUGUGAGACAACACGACUUACAAGCAUAUAUAAGAUCUUUUCUUUUUGUAGACAAUCCUACAGCUUUCAGACAGGCCCCAAGGGAAGGCUUACCUUGGGAAACAGAUCAAAGUGGAAAGGAGAAGAUUUUGGAGAAGCUCAAAAAUGGGACAGUUUAAAAUAAAGUUGUAUAACGGAAGAUCACUUUUUUUUCCUUUUUUUUUUUUACAUUUUUCUUUACACAUCCCAGAAAGACGGCCCAACCAAACUGUAACACCAUCUCUCAUCACUCUCCUGCCUCGCUGUCGCUGUCAGCGUCACGGCCUGCGUGUUCCCGCUGAUAGUCGUUUCUCCAGCAGGAGGUUAUCGGCCCUCGCUGUAGAAGCAGGACAGCGGACAUUUAAUGUGUCGUGCUGAUAGAUUUCUCUUUUGCUUUUCACAUUGGUGUUCAGCAGAUCCGGGAAGUCGCCUCUGUCCCAUUAAAUCUGAAAAUGAUGAGUUAUUCUGAAGGACUCUGAGGAUGGAUUGGCAGAAGAUCUUGAAGAAAUAUUCCCCUUUUUUUCCUCAAGUUUUAAAAUCAGAAUAGAUUUUUGCAACAAAGCCAUUUAAAAGGCUCAUCAGAAGUAAGACCCACGCUAACAAGCUGAAUCCUCCGCCCACACCUUCAGGACCGAGAGUGACUGUGCUUUCUGUCUUGACCCACAUCAUUUUUGCUCCUACAGUUCCAGCUGCAUUUUGUGGUGCCCUAAAAAAAAAAAAAAAGGCCCUAAAAUCAAUGUUGUUUUUAACUGCAGCAGCACAACCUCAAAUUGUUUAAAUUGAGCGCACAUAAUCAGCAGGAACAAAAUUAAAAAAGAAUCACACUUUAAGAAAUAAAGUUAAAAAACAAAAUUACUGGUGGCACAGUUAUUGGUACCCUUUUCAAAUAAAUAUAGCUGAAGCGUUUUGUUUUAUUUUAUACUUUUUUAAGAGUUUCUAGUUGGGAAUCCUUCACUUUUUUGGCAUAAACAGGACAAGAGUCAGAGAACAAAGUGAUCCACAGAGGUAAAAAUCUUCAGAGUUCACUGUUAGCUCCCCCAUAGGAAAAACAAUCUUUUCCAUCCUACAAUCGCAAACAUAAACAUUGUCUUUGUAAAGCGAACUUAUCUGCAGCCAAAUCUCCAUUCGUUUUUGGCAUGAAACGGUGAAUUUAUGAUGAAAAUCACAUUAACUGUUAAUUACGGUGGAAGAUGAGUGACGCAGUGGGCCUCCUCCAGACACACCGAUAUGUAUCAGAAGAUUUUAUCCAGAAGUCUGGUGGACUGUACCUGGAAGUAAAAUCAUGCCAUCAUUGGGUCUUUCAGGUGAAAAAGAUUUAAAAUAAGCGGGGGAAUCGACAGAGACAUUAACAAGUCCCAAAAUGACCCCAAAACUUGUGAUGUAAUGAUUGAAAAAUGCUUCAAAAUAUGUCAACCGCAUUAGAUGUUAUAAAAGAGGAUUAAAUUUUGUCCUGUUAACAAAAAGGUUGGAAAAAGUAUUAAAGCUACCGAUAUGUGUGCCACCUGUAGUUUAGUUUAAAAAAAACCAACUAAAUAUUCAGUAUGAGGUUAUGCUCCUUCAAUAAAAUAUUAAUUUUAAGCUUUUUUUUUUUUUUACAUGACGUCACCACAGGUGCCGGUCCAUUUAGCUCGCUGUGUAAUUUGAUGGAUUCAAGGGAAACCCGCAAGGCUCUGGAUCCCGAACAUCGGGAUUUAUCGCCUCCGGCCGCCAUCGCAAAUGUUUACAAAACCGAAGCAGUGUAAAAACAAUCCCACCGCAGACCCCAGAUAACUGCACUAUAGCCAACGGUGGCACGUCUGGCCUUACGGCGAUGAGACGCGUCCACGCCGCUUUUUGCCAAGGUAGACUUCAGAGUGUGGGACGCUAGCCACCGACACACGAACCAGUUGACGCUUUUUUUUUUUUUUUCUCUACAGACCAGCAGUGCCAAUGUGACCCAGCAGGUCCCGUGCUCCUUGCACUACACACAUACAAACAGUGAUGCAGUGAAGUCAGAUUUAAUGCUCACAUACAGAAAAAUAACAAAUCUGCUUGUAUGACAACAAACGGCUGCUGGGGGAAAAACGAGAUUUCCUUCUUGUCUGUAUGAAAGUAAUUUAAAUUUGAGGAUUUUUUAUUUUUUUUUUGCCUUUGAAGAUUCUGAAUGCUGGUUCUAUCUGACCUUUACAAGAAGUAAAGAUAACAAAGGUAAAAGAAAAUAAUAAUAAUCAUUGGGAUGGUGUCCAGUAAUGCUCUUAUGCUUAUAAUGCAAGAAAUGCAGUUUCUAAUUCUCCUCUUGUGUGUUUAUUUUUUUAAACCUUAUAACCGGCUGAUGGGUUGACCGGAGGAAGAAAAAAAAAAAAAAAAAGCCCGAACCUGACAGCUAGUGUGCUCUUUCUUCAAAGCUUAAACUUGGGCUGGGAAAAAGAACAAAGUAUGGGUUGUGUUUUCUGUUUAUUUUAUAACUGCAUAGACUCUUUAUUAUGUUUUUGAUUUUUUUUUUUUUUUUUUUUUUUUUUUUUUUUUUUCACAAUGUUUUAAAAGGGGAUUUUCUGUGUGGUAAGGGUCGGCAGGACCUCCUGUGCAAUAUGCUUUAUAAGUGUAUCAAUAAUAAAUUUAAAACACUUUAAAGUCAA